UCAUAUCAGCCGACAAUUUGAAUGACAGCGAGCAGGGCGGACUCGGUUCCUCUUUAACGCUCUCAUCAUAUAGCCUAACAACCAGGCCCGUACUUCUUUUUUUCAGGGCUUUCUGUUCCGCGACAUUUCUCAUCUUUUCCCGUGAGCGUCAUUAAACUUGUUGCCAAUGAGCGCAAGUCGCAGCUUGUGUGAAGUUCAUCAUCAGCCCAUCAUCAGAGAAGGCUACAGCAGAAGAAGAAGAAGAAGUAGCGGACCAUUUAAGGGACUGUAACACCGGGGGGGGGAAAAGUUUAUUUUUCCGUGGGAGGAAUACGGUCUGUUUCGUAUAUUUGUCGUUAGUUUUCAGUUUUUAUUUCCCCGGAGUGAGCCAUGACUUCUGUGUGGAAGAGACUUCAACGAGUCGGUAAAAAGGCGUCAAAGUUUCAGUUCGUUGCGUCUUACCAGGAACUCGUGUUGGAGUGUACCAAGAAAUGGCAACCAGACAAGCUAAGGGUGGUGUGGACAAGGAGGAACAGACGCAUGUGCUCCAAGCUCCACAGCUGGCAGCCUGGAAUCAAAAACCCCUACAGAGGCAUGGUGGUGUGGCCUGUCCCCGAGAACAUCGACAUCUCUGUUACACUUUUCAAGGAGGUCAAUGCUGACGAGUUUGAGGACAAAGAGUGGACCUUUGUCAUUGAGGGUGAAAACAAGGGUCAUCGUAAGGUGUUAGCAUCAGCAGACAUCAAUCUGAAGCGGUUUGCCAGUCCGACGCCAACGCAGAUUGACCUGGAGCUAAAGCUGAAGCCACUGUCUGUCAAAGUGGUGGAUGCCUCGCUCAAGCUGUCGCUGUCCUGUGUCUUUGUUCGGGAGGGCAAGGCCACUGAUGAAGACAUGCAGAGUCUUGCCAGCCUGAUGAGCGUCAAACCGUUAGAUAUAGGAAACAUGGAUGACUUCAACGAGAGCGAUGAAGAGGAGGAUAAGAAGUCUGUCACUGCUGCAGCAGUUCCUCACAUUCUUGUUCGCCCAAAUCGCCCCGCCCCCCCUCCACCUGACAAGAGAAACUCCACCGGGCCCUCUCUUCCAGCCUCAGCCUGUGGAGGUGAUGGCGGUCCUGCUGUCCAUUCUCGCCCUCCUCUACCAUUCGCUCCUCGCCCCUCUCCUCGCCGCAGUCGACACUCCUUCACCACCACUCCUGUUCAAUCAGAGAUCCAAGCUUCCCCUGGCCCAUCCCCUCAGCCCUCCCCCAGAUCCAAGCAUAAAAAAUCAGCCGACUCUCUUCCCCAUGACACCCCUACUUCAACUCACCCAUCUCCUUAUCCUCCAAGCUCCCAGAUCACACCAGAUACUCCCUCCUCUGUCCUGCCUCCCUCUAAAGAGGCUACUACAUAUCCUUCAUCGCCAAAAUCUUCCGAGACACCUUCUUCCCAAAACACUUCCGCUUCCAUUCAUCUUCAAUCUCUCAUAUCAGAAUCUGUGUCUGUUUCUUCUGCAACAUCCUCUGCUCCUGUUCCUACCCUUUCAAGCACCUCCUCUAAACUAUCCAUGGAAACCUGUCUCACCUCAUUUACUCCCAAACCCCCCUCCCCCGCUUCGUCAUCACCAGAGAAUAUAUCUCCCUCCACCACAUCUCCCCAAAAGUCUUCUCUCACUGUAACCCCGACUACCACCACCACGACUAUGAUCCAUAAGACUGUCUUUACUACCUCCCAGCAUCCCAAAUCCAAACCCACCCUCACCUCUGAGCCCCCAUCUGCCCACCCCCCUCUCACCCAGAGCCUCUCUCAGCCCCCCUCCCUGCCCAGAAUCUUCCAGUCAGGCUCAGGAAAAGUUCCUGUUUCCCUUCAGCGGCGCCCCCCAGAGGCUCAAAUUACAGAUGAUCUCACAUCAGUCUCUGGCCGUCCUCACAUGUUUAGACCUCAGAUUGUCAAGUCUAUGGCCCGCCCCUCCUCUCCUUCACCUUUUUCUGCCGAUGCCUCUCCUAUUGCAUCAGCACCGCUUCUCCCCAAAUCUCACCCCUCCAUCUCAGAGUCAGGUGUUCAGGGGCCGUGGCUAACGUCUGGUGGUGACAUCAUCCCUGUCCCUCUGCUCAGCACUCCUGACCUUGAUGCUCUCUGUGACCCCGUGGCUCCAGCCCUUACUGCCUCCCUCCCAUGUUCAUCACCCUCUCGUUCUUCCUCUUCACUUUCUACUUCUAUUUUAUUCUCCUCUCCUCAUGCUCAGCUUUCUGUCUCUCCUGCUGCUCUUCCUGUUCAGUUCAGCUCCUGUCAGUCAGGGCCAAAGUUUCCCCUCAUCCAAGAAGACAAUGAAACAUCUCCGAGCCAAGACGAGAAAUCUCCUCAAAAAAAACCUGCACCGGCAAACAUCUUAACAUCCAACCAUCCUAUCAGACCAGACCAGGAUUCAAAGACAGCCAUCACAGAAAACAAAGCAGAACCAAAGAUCAGUCCUGCACAGUCCCGCUCAGAGCUGAUUAUAGCCCCACCUCCCCCAUGGCCCUUCUCCUGCAGUGAGAGCUCCACCCCUCACCAGCCCUCCACCACUGUUGUCGCAGCCUUUAUCACUCCCAAACAGCCAAAUGUUCAGGGAGGAACUGAUUUGAAAAAAACAACCAGUCAAACAAAGAGUGAUAUUAGCGUCUUAAAGACUGAAAAGCCGCCUCUGGCAGAGCCUGAGCCUGACUUUGAUGACAUCAUCUUUGAGUCAUUUAACCAGAGACAAGUUUCAGGGGGCUUGUUUCUGGAUGAAGAUGACUCUAAGAGGGAUACUAUUAAAAGGUGUCCUCAGGGUCUGGAACAGAAAACCAGUGACAUGCCGUCACUGACAGAGCAGUUAGGAGGAGCAGCAAUGAAGAAGGAGGAUGUGAUAAAGGCAGAACAGAAAGAAAUCCUCAAAAGACAGGAGGAGGAAAAGAGAAAGAGGGAGGAAGAAGGGCAAAAAAAUGUGCUGCUGAAGCAGGAGGAGAGAAGAAAACGUGAGGAAGAAAAGAAGAGACUGUUAGAGGAGGAGAAAAAGAGAUUCUUACAGGAGGAGGAGGAGGUCAAGAAGGAGAAGGAGAGGAGGAGGCGGGAGGAGGAGAGGCUCCUGAAGGAGAGGAGGGACAAACAGGAGAAGCUGAAGCAGGAGGAGGAGGAGAAGAAGAAGAAGCAGGAGGAGGUUGAGAGGAGGAAAAAGGAGGAGCAGAUGAAACUGCUGGCGCUGGAGGUCGAAAAGGAUAAACUUAAAAGGGAGGCGGAGAGGAGAGCCGAAAGAGAAAUAUUCUUGAGGAAAAUGCAGGAGGAUGAGGAGAAAAGGAUGGAAGAGAGGAGGGUGUUUGAGGAGCAAAGGAGGAGAAGGGAGGAGGAGAAUAAGAGGCUGCUGGAAGAGGAAGAACAAAGGAAGAUGGAGGAGAAACGCUUGAUGGAGGAAAGAGAGAAGGAGCAACAGAAAAUUAAAGAGCAGUCUAAGAAAGAAAAGAAAAAGGAGGAGGAGGAGAAAAAACAUCUACAGGAGGAGGAAAGAAAGAAAAAUGAUGCAGAGAUGGAGAUGAGGAAGAGGAAAGAGGAGGAGGAGAGGAUAAAAGAGGAAGAGAGAAAGAAAAAAGAGGCAGAGAUGGUGAUGAGGAAGAGGAAAGAGGAGGAGGAGAGGAUAAAAGAGGAAGAGAGAAAGAAAAAAGAGGCAGAGAUGGAGAUGAGGAAGAGGAAAGAGGAGGAGGAGAGGAUAAAAGAGGAAGAAAGAAAGAAAAAAGAGGCAGAGAUGGAGAUGAGGAAGAGGAAAGAGGGGGAGGAGAGGAUAAAAGAGGAAGAAAGAAAAAAAAAAGAGGCAGAGAUGGAGAUGAGGAAGAGGAAAGGGGAGGAGGAGAGGAUAAAAGAGGAAGAAAAUCAGAGAGUACUUAAAGAGGAGAAGGAGAGAGAAGAGAAAAGAUUAAAGGAGGAGAAAGAGAAGGAAAGGCUCUUAAGAGAGGAAAGAGAUAGGAUUGAGAGGAGGGAAAAAGAGGAGAAGAAACGGUUUGAAGAGGUGGAGAAGAUGAGGAAAGAGAGACUCUUGAAGGAGCAGAAAGAAGAGGAGAGAAAGCAAAGGGAGGAAGAAGAAAAGAAGAGACGGCUACAAGAGGAGGAGAGAAGGCAGGAGGAGAAAAAAAGAAAGAGGGAAGAGGAGGAGAAGAGACAGAAGGAGGAGCAAGCAGAAAGGAGGAAGAAGGAGGAGGAAGACAGGAAAAAGAGAGAAGAGGAAAAAAAGAAGAAGCUUCUGCAGGAAAAGGAAGACAUUGAAAUAAAAAUGGAGUCCAACAAGUCAGAUGAAGACAAGCAGAAGAUGAGAACACCGGUUGAUGCACCUCCUCCUACUUCAGCCCCACAAACUCCAUUUCCCACUUCGCACCUCCCUCCUGCGGCUAAAACCAGUGUUACACCACAACCCUCACAAACUCUCAGCAUAUCACAAGAGAGAAAGAAGGCUCCUCAGUCAGAAAACAAACUGAACUCUGCCUCCAUUGAGCGUCUGGGGCAGGCCUCUCUCUUAAAGGAAGGUUCAUUGUCAAAAACUGUUGUCCCAGAUAAGAAAGUACCUACCACAUGUACUCCACCUGGUAGCCCGUCAGGCCUCAUUGAUCGGCCCUCUGCUCAGGACAAACCCGUCUCAUUAGAGGUUGUGACUCUGGUGCCACCUCCACAGAGGCUGUCUGAAGCAGAGGUUCCUCUUUGGAAAGUACUGGAAGUACUGGGAAAUGGAAAUGAAACCCCUGAAAAAUCUCUUGCAAAGGAGGGUGCAAAAGCUUUGUGCAGGGGCUCAAACAGAGAAGAUGCUACUGAUGAGGACACCCCUGAAAGACAGGAAAAAAGCCCAAUAACAAUAAAAGACGCAGAAACACAUCUCAUAGUCCCACCUUCUGUUCAACCUAAUGCACCAUCAGCUAAAGAAGAGCCCAAAGAGCCAGAAAGACCCAAACAGGAACCAGCAACCUCAAGUGAAGUUUCCCCAAAACCAGAGGGAGCGCGCAAAGCUUUGGCACUGGAUCCCCUUCUUCCGUCAAAACCAGAACCAGGGUUGCAGCCGGAACAGGUCCUGCAGCGGACAGGAAGACCACAACAGGAGGGAGUAGAUGCCAAGGAACACGUCGAUGUCGUGGCUGGUGGUCAGGAGAGUUUGGUCAACAAACAAGAGUGUGAGGCAGAGAAGCAGUUGUGGGCGGCGAUGGAGGAGACAACAGCAGAGACAACAGCAGAGACAACAGCAGAGACAACAGCAGAGACAGGAGGGAUGGGAAGUAGUGAGAGCAGUGAAGAAAAGGAGGAGAAGCAGGAGGAGGGUGGUGUAACAAGGGGUGUGUUUAGUAGUGACCAGACAUGUGCACACACAGAAGCAGAUGUGUGUGUUGCAGAGAUGCAGACGGAGGCGCCUGCUGGCUUCAUGUCAGCAAUGGUUGGGGUGUUGUACAGAGGCUAUGAGACAGUGACCUCCAUCCUGCAGACGGCUGGAUCCACUGCAGACCAACCAUCUCUCCUUAUAAGCAAUGAAGAUCAGCUGAGUUUACAUGAAGAAGAGGAAAAGAUGCCUUUUUCCUCUGAGCCAGAUGAUCCGCUGUCUUCAGUUGACAUUUCCCCACCCACGGCCUUCUCUGACACGGGAGAGACAGAGACAAAUAGCAAACAGACGGAAUUAUCUCAGAAACCAGAGUGUGUACAGUUGGACGGUAUAAGUCUGGUUGCAAGUCUGAGACAGGCAGCCUUUGAGCAUGAGGAAGAAAGGGAGAGAAUGGAGAAAGAAAGGAUUGAAAACAUGAAGAGGGAGGAAGAAGAGAGGGCAAAGAGAGAAGAGGCAGAGAGGAAAGAGAAAAAGAGGGUGGAAAAGGAAAAAGAGGAGAGACAGAGGUUGGAAAAUGAGAGAAAAGAGCUGCUGAGGAUGGAGAGAGAGAGGAUGGAGAAAGAAAAGGAGACAGAGAGAAGGAUGCUGGAGAAAGAGAGAAAGGAGCUGCAGAGGAAGGAGAAAGAAAGGGUGGAGAGGGAAAAUGAGGAGGAGAGACAGCGGUUGGAAACAGAGAGAGAAGAGAACGAGAGGAAGAGGAGGGAGGAGAAGGAAAGGGCAGAGAAAGAAAGGAAGCAGCAAAUCAAGAGGAAAGAAAAUGAGGAGAGGACCAGAGAAAUUGAAAGGGAGCAGAAGAAAAAAGAGGAGGAGGACCUGGUGAGGCAAGGAAAAGAGGAGAGAAAAGGAGAGAAACAACAAUUGAAUCCAGAAGUAACUAAUAAAUCAGAAGCUUGGCCUCCUCUGAGGGAAGCAGAACUGGAUGAUAUUGCAGAUGAUGAGAGGCUACAGGGUGAUGAAGAGCAGUCUGAUCCCAAACCAGUUAAAACAGAACUCCCUAAUACAAAAAACAAAGUAGUUUCAGGCAAACCUGAGGACCCUCUAGUUCCUGAUAAGAAAGCACUGAACGAUACAGCUCUGAGAUCAGUUAAAAAGGGCACAUUUUUUAAAUCUGGUGCCAGCCUGAGCUCAGGUGCCAUCCCAGUGUGGAUGAGGGAGGAGGAGGAUGAGGAGGUGGAGUAUGAGAGAGGACAUGAGGAUCUCGGCUCCAUCUGGCUGGCUGAGCUGUACAUGGAGGGGGGGACAGGCCCUGGCCAACCAUCAUUCCCUGUCACCACGGAGCCCUCCUCACUCCCUACCAGUGGACAAUCGUUACACCAGGGCCCUGCUGCCAGUCGGCAAAAUGUACCUGCUGAACUCUCUCUAAGCAAUCUGCCCGACCGCCCUCCUCACAAACUACCAUUAGGGUACAAACAAGAGAAAAUAAUCAGUCAAACAUCGAUGGCCAAACUUUCUCCACAGUUUAGUGAAGGACAGAAACAUCCAAUUAUUAGAGAGGAUGUUGUCAUAAAAACUGGAUUUAAAACUGAAAUUAAUGAGGAAGGAGAACUUGAUGAAACAUCUGAGGUGCCUUGGCCCCUACCUUUGAGCACAAACACAGCCAGUGUACACUCAAAUACCAAACAAACCGAGAUUGAUACUGACUUAGACAUCACAAAGAUAACCAGUGACGCAAAAAUGGCAGACACAGAUUCACUCAAGAGCCAUGAACUGAAGGAGGAUAAAAAUGUGAACUCUUCCAGAUUCAACCCAAACACAUCAAAGAGUGACAGUCACACACAGACACAUGUCUCAGAUCUCACCCAUGUCAACAGAGACCAACAGCUCCAAGAGGAAGAGAGGCUGUUAUUGGCAAAAAUGAAUCUAAUGACAGGUGACACGUCACCUGACUGCAGCCAUCGCAGUAUGAAGCUCCUCAUCCCUGACACCACAGGGCUUAUCGAUCACAACCAGAGCACAAUAAUUCCCUGCUUCGAUACCUUGCAGGAAAUAUCACUAACUGAGGCAAAUGAAACACUGGACAAUGAGUCGGUUCAAAAUGGAGAAGAAGAGGAAGAUGUGUUGAAAUGCCAACCAGCUGACCCAUCUAUAGGGAUAAAAGCAUCAUCUCAACUUGAAGACAUGAAGGCAUCUCGACUUCCUACGUUACAAGAAGAAGAAACGUCUGAACCAGUUCCAAUGGUCAGAGAGGAGGCCAAUAGAAAGGAGGAUGUAGCUGAUGGUCUGGUGAACUCCAGCCAGUCGCUGCUCCACUGGUGUCAGAACAUCACUAAUGGUUACCAGGGGGUAAAGGUCACAAACUUCAGCACAUCCUGGAGAAAUGGACUAGCUUUCUGUGCCAUCCUGCAUCAUUUCCAUCCAGAUAAAAUAGAUUUUGACCAUUUGGUCUCUCAUGACAUCAAGCUCAACAACAAAAAGGCGUUCGAUGGUUUCGAGGCCCUGGGUAUCUCUCGUCUGUUAGAGCCGUCGGACAUGGUUCUUCUGUCAGUCCCUGACAGGCUCAUUGUCAUGACCUACCUCAGCCAGAUCCGCUCACACUUUACCAACCAGGAGCUGAGUGUGCUGCAGAUAGAGCACAACAGCAGCCAGUCUAGCUAUGGCCUCGCUCUCUCUGGUCCUGGUCCUACUACAGUGGACGCGGCUGCUUUCUGCAUGUCCAGGCUGAACGAAGGACUCAGUCUAGAGGAGGGAGGAAGCAGCACUCUGGUCGUCCCUCCACCAAGGACCAAACGACUGGGUAAAGCGGAUGAGUCGAUAACCCCAGUCCCUCCACCGAGGUCGAUUAACAAAGCUGUUAAAUUUGACCUUCCUCAGGAUGAAGACACAAUGACACACUCUUCAACAGAUAUCACCAACAAAACAGAGUUGCAGGGUGCAGCGGACACACGGCCUCCCAAACAAGAGGAAGCGAUGGACACCAGUCAAUAUGUGCUGAGUGAGCUGGCGGCUUUAGAGACAGAGCAGAAGCACAUUGACAGCAGAGCUGCUGUGGUGGAGAGACGACUGCGAAGCCUCAUGGAAACAGGUAGUGACCGUGAUGAAGAGGAGCGAUUGAUCCAGGAGUGGUUCACUCUGGUGAACAAGAAGAACGCUCUGAUUCGCAGACAGGACAACCUGGAACUACUGCAGGAGGAGCAGGAUCUGGAGAGGAGAUUUGAGCUUCUGAACAGAGAGCUUCGGGUCAUGAUGGCGAUAGAAGACUGGCAGAAGUCGUCCACUCAGCAGCAGAGGGAGCAGCUGCUCCUCCAGGAGCUCGUGUCUCUGGUCAACCAACGAGACGAGAUCAUCAGAGACAUCGAUGCCAAGGAGAGAGGGGCUUUGGAGGAGGAUGAGCGUCUGGAACGGGGUCUAGAGAUGAGGAGGAGAAAAUACAGCAACAAAGAAAAGUGUGUCCUACAGUGAGAAAAGAGACACAAACAGCUUUCUUACAGAGUGUCUGAAGCUCCACAAAAAAAAAAACGUGUUUGUUUUAUCUCCUUCAACUUUUGCACAUAUUAUUAAAACAGGAAUUCAGUUUUCCUCAAUUCCUUCUGCCUUUACCUUCAUGGAGAACUGUUAAAACCAAUCAUGAGGAAACCAGGUGACAAGAUGAGGGCUGCAAAAUGCGUCCUCUUUGAAAGUGUUUUUAUUGUUUCAGUCUGUCUUAAUGUUAAAGUAUUAUUUUGGUUCUUUUCACAUGUUUUUAUUUAUUGGAAUGAUGUGUCAGAUAGUUUUAUUGCACAAGUUGGUAUAUGUGUUAGUGUGUCUAUUCCUCUUUGAGUUUUCUUUAGAAUAGAAUCACUGGCUUUUUCUCUUCUCUUUUAUAUAUAUUUAGAAAAGGAUUCCUGGGUCAUGACAAGAUAAGAUAUGGCAACAACAAAAAAGUGUGCAGUGUAGAACACUUCAAUCCUAAUUGUAAGAAGUUUGUUUCAUUUGGUUUUGUUGAUAUUUCUCUACAUUUAUGUUUCAGAUAUUCCAGCCCAAAAGUGUCAAAUGUUUAAGUUGAACACGCUGAGAUCUAUAAGUUAAAAGAUUUUUUUUUUUUUUUUUGGGGGGGGGGGGGGGGGGGGCUUUUUGUGCCUUCAUUGGAGAGACAGGACAGUGCACAGAUUUGGAAAUCAGGGAGAGAGAGCUGGGAACGAAAUGCGCGAAAUGAGCCACAGGUGGGAUUCGUACCUGGGCCGCCCGCUACCCACUGCGCUACCAGCACCGUCCAGAGAUCUAUAAGUUAUAGAUAACUUUUAAAAAGUCAUGAGCUGGACUCGACCCCCCGAUGCAGGUUCAUGUUUUCAACAUUUUGAGAAAUAUUGAAAGUAUAUCCUCUUAUUGCAAUAAUGUACCUAGUUGUUUUAUCUUUUUUUAAAUAUUAGAUGUAGAAAGUUUUCUUCAUAUUAAGAAGUUUUUAAGUCUUCUUUGAGCAAAGAAGAUGCUCAAGGUGAUCUCCAGCUUGUAGCAUUUACAGUGCCUUAAACCAGCCAUCAUGUAAAUGGCCGUGGUGUUCUAGUCUGCUCAGAAAUAUUCCCAUUUCUGCAUCCUUUGACUUCUGUAUGCAUGUUUUUUGAGGUGCGCUGUUAAAGUGGUACUCUGCCUCAUGUCACUACUGUAAACUCAUCACACACUGUAUGCCUGAAGUUGUCUUUAUUUAUGAUGCAAUGACUGAUGAAGAAAUGUAUUGAUAAAUAUGUUGAAAAAAUAAAUAUUUGGUUGGUUGCUUACAA